ACCGGAAGUGGUCGUUGUUAGGGCUGCAUAGCAACAGAGCAGCUGUAAGCUCUAAUAUGGUUCUUCACUUUGUGAGUUCAUCAAUUCUAAACGUCUUCGAUUGUAAACACUGAAGAACAUCAAUACAUUAUAACUUGCUGCUGCCAAUAACGUGUUGAAGAAAGGAUAUCACUUUGAAAAUAUUUACAAAGAAUGGAAAAUCUAUCCAAAGAUCUUGAGGAGUUUUUGCACCUUGAAGAUCUGAUUAACUGGCCAGAGUUACUCCCUGAUGAAGAUGAGUUUCAAAUGAAUAUUCAGCCUGGUGUAUUUAGUUCAUAUGAAUCAACUGUGCAAUACAUUCAUGAACAUGCACCUUUCCAGAUGGAGAUUCUCGAUGAUAUUGAGCAAAGAAUUAACCAGUUUGUACCGCGAUUGGAAAAAUAUUCCUCAAAAAUCCUCUCAGAUAAACCUGGGGAAUCUAAGAUCAAAGAGCAUCAUAUUGAUCUAUCAUCAUACACUUUUCUUACACAAAUUAAGAAUUCUGAUGCAUUACUAACACAUCCCAGCCGAAAGCUUUCUGAAGAACUUUCCUUUGCAAACAGUGACGUGACUGUUCAGUCUGAACGUUUCCCAGGCUUCAAACCAUUUGAGUUUACAGAGCUUCCUGGACACACAGAGGCUGUACAGCUGCUCAGCUGGAUUUGGAGGGCUCAGAAUUUUAAUCUUGGAUAUCAAUCUACCUUGAAAAAGCUGAUUCUCUCAACUUCAUCUGGUGCCAUUCUUCAGGACGCAUUUUGGUGGUUCUUCCUUUCCAAGUUUCAGCCUUCCCAAGAAGAUCAAGAUAACCUGUUUAGCAGAAUUGCUGAUAGUUUUGUGACACUUUUCAUGACUUGCCCUCCUCCGGUGCUAGAUACAUUAUUGAAGGUAUAUCCUGAUUGCUUAGCUCAAGCUGUCUUUGCAAUUUUCUACAAGUCUUACCCAGAAUCGCACAACCAUUUUGGGGAUGAAUUUAAGAAAGAGCUAACUGAACUUUUCUCACUUUGGAUCACAGGUCUAAAGCCCUUACCAUUUUCUUGGAGACAAUGGAACCUGGAAUGGCUAGUGAAGUCAAUCAGCAAGAGAGGACCUGACCGAAAGGAGAGAAUUCUCCGUGAAUUAGAACUCAGAUCAGCUAAGUUGACAUUGGAUUUUGACCUUGGUGAGCUAAUGAAACAAGAUACAAGAAAUCUGAACAGGAGAGAUAUGCCAGCUCCAAAAAGCACAAGUACACGUCCUGCUAAGACUGAGUCAUCUUAUGUUGGCCACGGUCAUGAAUUUCAACGUAUACUUUUCAGACUUUCUGGUCGAAGCCCUCUGGUAUCUCACUUUCUGAACAUGAAAAAGAUAAAAGGUAGAAGUUUGAGCACUAUGGGACCAAAAAUGCAACGCAUUGAAAUUUCCAAAAGUCCGCCACUCUCUCCAACCUACCAAGAUCUAAUCAAAGAAACAAAGAAACGAAGUAAAGAGCGCCACCAGAAAAUUAUUGAUUUACAUGAGCAAACCCAAAAGGCACUCACAGCACUAAGAUGGGAUCGAAUCCAGUUUAACAGGAAAAUUGACAGGCUGAAAAAAGAGUUGUUCAAUAGCACAGAAGAUGAGAUUGAGUCAAUUUCCAACAAAUUGAUCAUUAAAGCCAAAGAAAACAAAGAGGAAUCUCAAAAACCAAGUUCAACAGAAACUGAAACAGAGUCAGAGACGGACACUGAUGACGAUUAUAAGGACGAUAUAAAAUGCCAUGAGAAUCUGUGUGUAUUGCAGUUUUCACAAGAAUUAUUACCAAUCAUAACCAUUGAAAAGGUUGGGUAAAACACUGAGCUGCAAUUAAAUGUUUUUUGCCACAAAAAAAAGACAUCCUCUGUUAUGGUCUCAGGACAAAUUAAACAAGCUGAUUGCUUCUUCACAAUGA